UUCUCUACAUCCUUAAACACUCCAAAACCCCAGUCAUCACCUACAACAAGAAAGGAAAACCAAAAAAAAAAAAAAAAAAAAAACAUUUCCAUAUUCAAUCAGUUCAGUUCUUGAUCACCUGGAAUGAACUAGGUGCACAUACAUACCUGUUCGGCGUUUGGCAACUGACAAAAAAUCAAGCAAAAUGGAUGCCGCUUUGGGCUGGGAAUUCAAGGCUCUCAUCAAUGAGCUAACACAAGGGGUUGAAUGUACAAAGCGGCUUAGAGCUUCUUUCAACUCCGAGACUUCUUUCGAAACUCAGAACUCGCUCCUGCAGCAGAUAGUGGCUUCUUAUGAGAAGUCGCUCAUGAUUCUCAACUGUGGGUCGGGAAGGCAAACCCAGCAGGUGCCUCCGCUGUCUAGCGCCCCCGAGUCGUCCAUCUCUGUCGAUGGAAGCCCGCGAAGUGAUGAGAUGAACAAGGGCUCGAAGGAUCAGGAGUACAGAGAUAUGUCAAAGAAGAGAAAGUUGAUGCCAACGUGGACAGAGCAAGUGAAAGUUGGCACAGAUAAUGGACUUGAAGGUCCACCUGAAGAUGGGUAUAGUUGGAGAAAGUAUGGGCAGAAAGAUAUUCUUGGAGCUAAAUAUCCCAGAAGCUAUUACAGAUGUACGUACCGUGCAAUGCAGAACUGUUGGGCAACCAAACAAGUCCAAAGAUCUGAUGAAGAUCCAACCACAUUCGAGAUCACGUACAAAGGGGCACAUACAUGUAGCCAAGCACCGAAAUCAGUCCCACCGCUAGCAUCACCCAAAAAACAAGACCUGAAACAAAGCAUCCACUGCAAAGACAGUCUGUCGAUGCAACCAAAUCAGAUGUUAAUGGAAUUAAGAUCAAACCUGAAAGUCAAUACCAGUGAUUUGGAAAGGAAGGAAACCACAUAUCCUUUCUCCUUCCCUCCAACAUUCUCUGGAUUAACAGAUGAAAAGCCGAUGUUCCAGAUUUCACAGGUUGAUGAUAAUCUCUUGGGGACAUACUCACCAUCCUUUGUGUCUCCUACCACUCCAGAGUCAAACUACUUCUCUGUGUCACACCAACAGACUAGCAGUUUUGGGGGAGUUCAGAAUUUGCACCACUCUGAGUCAGACCUUACUGACAUAUUCUCUGCCAAUACAUCAUCUACAAACUCUCCAAUUGUGGGCUUAGACUACACACUGGACCCCGCAGAUUUUGAUCCAAAUUUCCUAUUUGAUACCUCAGAGUUUUUCACAUGAUCCAAUCGGGAUAAAGCAGUAAGAAAGACAACGAUAUGGUAGUCAUUUGGGUUCAAUCAUUCAAUUUAGUAUUUCGGCAUAUUUAGAUUGACUACAAAGGUGUCUGUACCACCUAAACUAGAAAUUUCCACAGAUAAGUACCUGUUACAGUGUUAUGAAAUCACAACCUGUGCAGCUGUAAAAAAAAAAAAAAUCACUGCUGUUGUAUCUUAUAUAAAGAUUUUGUGUGUACUUAUGCAAAAA